AUGGGAGAUGCGGGAGUCGGAAUCGCUAUUGAGGCCCUGGUGAAGAUGGCGGAUUCGCUUCACCAAAUCUUGCUUACAUGGCGUUUGAAAAAAUGCCUCACACAACUUGCCCGCGAUUUCGAGAAAAUGCAAGCUUUCCUAUACGAUGCUCAAAGCAAGAGAAUAACUAGCCAAUACGUGCAAUGUUGGCUCAAAGACCUGGACUCGAUUGCUCUUGAUGCCCAAAUUACAUUGGAAGAAUCAGAGUACGAAAUUCAAAGGCAAAAGGUUGAGAGGGCCCAGAAAUGGAGCAAAGUACGUCCUUUUUUUCCAUCCUCAACUCCUCUCGUGUUUCGUUGGAGAUUAGCUCGUAGAAUCAAGAAUGUUCGGUCGUCCUUACAAAGGCUUUUUGCACAAGCACAUCGAAUUGGCCUUAAGCCACUCGAAUACAUCAACUCACUUCCUGAUCUUAAGGUCGGGAGUUCUACGAACCCUUUUGUUAAGGAUUCCAAAAUUGUUGGCAGGAAGGGUGAUAUCUCAAAGGUGUGGAUGGCGCAUGGCCUGCUAAAUCCUCCAAAGGGAAGCCUAAUGGAAAUGGAAGACGUGGGUAGCUUAUAUUGUGAUGUACUCCUGCGAAAUUCUUUAUUCCAAAUUGCUAAAAAGGAUCGUUACAAUAACAUCAAGGCUUACAAGAUACACAACCUUGUCCAUGAUGAUUUGUUGAAAGUGUUGGGCAAUGACUACUUUCAUGUGGAUGAUUCAAUGAUCAAAAUCAAUCGCCUUGAAGCUGUGCAUAUAUCAAUCAGUUCAAGUGAAAUGAGAAUUUGGAACAUUUUGAAAGGCAUUUUCCCUUCAAGUCUGAGAACGCUUAACCUUGAAGGUUAUUUGUUUCCCCUGCCAGAAGAUGCUUUUGAAAACUUGACAAAUCUCUCAGUUUUGAUAUUGAAGGGCCAUACUACAUUACCAAAUUCAGUUGGCAAGAUAAAACAUUUGAGAUUUCUAGAUAUCAGGUUAGGCCAAUUGGAAAAUCUCCAGUUUUUGUCUUACUUUGUGGUUGGUAAAGCUGAUGGGUGUCAGAUAAAAGAGUUAGAAUACUUGGACAACCUUAGAGAUGUCCGGAUACUAAACCUUCAAUGUCUGAGAAGUCAUGAAUCUGCUGCUAAGUCGAAAUUGUCAAACAAGUCGAACAUUCAGUGUUUAGAGCUUAAGUGGAAUCGAGGACCAGGGCGUGAUGACUGUGAUGUGCUUGAGGUGAAAAGCAACAGUCGUAAUGACAUGGCAAUCACUCUGUUUCCGGCUCUAAGGACACUUGUUUUACAGCAGAUGUGGGAUCUGGAGGAGUGGUCAGAUGUAUUUGAACUGAUACCAACAACACACUCAUCAUCGUUUUCCUCAGCAUCAGUUCAAGUUAGAGCAUUUCCUCUCCUAGAAAAAAUGGAUCUAUGGAAUUUACCCGAAUUGAGGGGUUUUCCGAACUUGGGUAGUUUACCACGUCUUCAGAAGUUGCAUUUACAACGAUGCCAAAAAUUGAGAAUUUUUCAUGAUGAUUUAAACAGGGGGCCUGGUCACCCACAAAAAUGGGAAAAUGAUGAUCAGAGGCAAGGGAAUACACCCGAAGAUGGAGAUGAUGAGAGUCACAUUUACUUUCCACGUCUACGUAAACUAAAGAUCUCACAAUGUAACAAGUUUACUGAACCAUUUUGCAGCCUCAUUUCAAGUUCUGUUCCACUAGAAUCCUUGAACAUUGAUUGCAAACCUAGUUUAUGGCCUAGAGUUUUGCUCCGGUUUACAAGCCUGAGGCGAUUAUCCCUAGGAGCACGAUGGGAUGAACAGGAAGUUGAUCGUUUGACCUGGCCCUGCCCAACCAUCUCCCAUGCUACGAGUUAUUGUUUUUCUCUUUUGUCUCUAGAAUUAAAUGCAUAUGGAUUGAAGACCUCACUCCCUUAUCAUAUUCAAAAUGUGACUUCUUUGACGGAUUUAUCCAUAACUGGUGUCCAUGGGUUGAAGACUCUUCCAAAGUGGUUGGGUAGUUUAGAACGUCUUCAGCAUCUUACAAUUUCUGAUUGCAAAGAUCUCAAGGAGUUGCCCUCGGCAAAAACAAUGCAUCGCCUCACCAAGUUACAAACUUUGAGAGUCUUCAAGUGUGAACGUGUUGGGAAGUGGCAGCGGUGGGAAAGAAGUCACAUGGAGUUCUCCAAGAUCAUUCAACUUGAUUAA